CGUUUCCGAAAACAAGCGGCCGCGUCGUUCGCCUCUCUCUCCUCUAUAUUCAUGUCCCGCCCAUCUCCCAGUUCCGCCGCCGCGUUCGCUCUCCUCGCUCCCUCUCUCUGCCUCAUCGUCUUCCUCGUCAUCGGAGGAAGCGCGAGGAGAAGAGAGGGAGAAUAACAACAGAUUGAAUCCCUGGUCCAGAACCCCUUUUUGUCUGCUCGCUUUCCCCCAUUUAGGCUCCAGAGGAUUGGGGGAAAAAAAAUCUCACUUUUGAUCCCAGCAAUGGCGGUAGUUGCGCAGUUUGGUGGCGGGUCCUGUUGCGGUGUGGUUAAAUUGGACUUGUCGACUUCUCUUGCUUUCUCAACGAGCUUCCAGAGUAAGGUCAGUUUUGCGUUGUCGUCGAGGUCAUUCUGUAGGAAGAGGGAGGGGAUCUGCGGAAAGAGGAGAGCUUUGAAGGUGUGCUGCGAGAGAAGGGUUUCUGCCGUUGUGGAGAAAGAUGCUGUCUUGAGGCAAGGGGCUGAUAGUAAUGUUGAGCAACUCAGCAUCGUGAUGAAGUUUGGUGGGUCAUCGGUGGCAUCAGCUGAGAGGAUGAAAGAGGUUGCGGACCUCAUUCUUAGCUUUCCGGAAGAACAACCAGCGAUCGUGCUCUCCGCCAUGGGCAAGACGACAAACAAUCUUUUGCUGGCUGGAACAAAGGCGGUCUGCUGUGGUGUUUCUAAUGUAUCUGAAUUGCAUGAAUUAAGCUUUGUGAAAGAGUUGCAUCUCAAGACAAUUGAUGAACUCGGGCUUGAGAGUUCAAUUAUUUCUGGUGAGUACUGUUUAUCACUAUCGUGUAUAGACUAUUUGGUUCCUCCUUUUUGGUUUAUAAGGAAGUUUAUGCCAUCUCUAAUAUCAGUUUAUGCAGUGCAUCAUCAAGUAUAAUCUUGUCAUGUAAAAAGGCCUGAUGUAAUUAUGCUAGUAGUGUCAAUUUUAUAAAAGAUCUUAUACAAUUAUGCUAAUAAUAAUAAUUUUAUAAUGGAAAGUUGGUGACCAACAUUAUGAUAUGCCCAACAAUAAUGCAGUGUAAUUAUCGGGUGAGUUGGGUAAUUAGU